AUGGCGCCGUUUGAUUAUUUAAGAGCGAUCGAGACACUUCACGAAUUGCGUAAAAGUGGGGAACGAAAAUCGGAUUUAGUUGUUUCACUAGGUGAAAGAUUGAUACGCGAGUACACUAGAAAACUUGGUGAUGAAAGAAUGAAAUUAGAAGCAGAAGAUAAAUUAGAUGAAGCAUUGCAACUUUAUGAUGAAAUUUUGGAAAAGGAUGAUUCAAAUAUCGCAGCUUCGAAACGUCGGGUUGCCGUGUUUAAAGCAAAAGGACUGGAUCAACAAGCAAUGGAAGCUUUAACGAAAUAUCUUGAUGAUUUUUACAACGACACUGAAGCUGUCGAACGCCUUAAAAAAAUUUAUUCUGUAAAUAAUAAUAGUGUUAAAGAUGGUUUAAAUGAAAUUAGACAAGUUAUCCGUGAAUGUCACCGCUGUCUUUUGGUUAUAAAACGAGAAUACGAAACCAUGAGUUAUGUCGCUAAAGGCAAAGAAGAAUAUGCCGAUGAACAACCUAAAGUUCAUCGCAUUCGAAUCACUUUAACAUCACGAAAUGUUAAAGCUUUGGAAAAAGUUUGUUCAGAUUUAAUUGGUCGUGCAAAAGAAAAGAAUUUGCGAGUUAAAGGACCUGUGCGUUUACCUACUAAAGUUUUGAGAAUUACUACACGUAAAUCACCUUGUGGUGAGGGUAGUAAAACUUGGGAUAGAUACGAGAUGAGAAUUCAUAAAAGAUUGAUCGACUUGCAUUCUCCUAGUGAAAUUGUAAAACAAAUUACUUCGAUUUCUAUUGAACCUGGUGUUGAAGUUGAAGUUACUAUCGCUUCUUAA